AUGCGCGUCAUCAUGCAGAUCAACGCCGGCACGUACAUAGAGAAGGUGGUGGUGCCGGCGUCGAAGCCGUACAUGACGUUCCAGGGCGCCGGGCGCGACGUGACGGUGAUGGAGUGGCACGACCGGGCCAGCGACCGCGGCCCCGACGGGCAGCCGCUCCGCACCUACAACACCCCCUCAGUAACCAUUCUCGCUAACUAUUUCAACGCUAAGAACAUCAGCUUCAAGACCCAGUGGUCCAUGAUGAUGAACGAAAGGCCUGAGUGUACAUUCGUACGCGAGGUCACAAGACGCACAGGGAAAAAGGGCUGUGGCUAUGGCCUGGUGCAUCAUGCAGCGACGGCAGACACGGUGCAGGGGCAGGCAAAGUGA